UCGAAGCUCCGGUCGUCAGUUCAAUACAACCAUCCAUAGACGCAACUUUCACUGCCAACGUUUUGAAAAAUCUAAAAAAAUGUCGUUGCUGAUCGUAGGUUGUGUUUUUGUGGCCACCGUUUUGUAUUUAAUUUCAACUGUAAUAAAGCCGUCCAAUUAUCCGCCAGGUCCUAGUAGAUGGCCCAUAGUAGGCAACACAUUUUUCAUCAAAAAACUAAGCAAAGAACUAGGAGGUCAAUAUAAAGCUCUACUAAAGCUACACGAAGAUUACAAAUCGAACAUAAUCAGUUUAAAGUUGGGCAGUGACGAAUACGUUGUGGUUUUCGGACGUAAACUGGUGCAACAAGUUUUCACCAGGGAUGAAUUUCAAGGAAGACCAGACGGAUUCUUCAUCAGGUUAAGGACUAUGGGUACUCGAAAAGGAAUUACCAUGACUGACGGCCAACUAUGGCACGAACAACGAAAUUUCGCCGAAAGACAACUCAGACAACUUGGUUUUGGCAAACUAGUGACCGAAAAUUUGAUCAAAGAAGAACUCGACAAUUUCCUCACUUCUCUGGGUGAUAAGCAAGAAGACGUAUCGCUGAAUAAGAAAUUAUCGUCGUCAUUUUUAAAUGUUUUAUGGACUAUUACCGGUGGUAAACAGUUCUCGAAGGAUGAUGACAAACUGGAUGCGUUAUUGAUAUUGCUGAGAGAACGUAGUAAGGCUUUCGAUAUGGCCGGUGGUUUAUUGAACCAGUUACCGUGGUUGAGAUUUAUUGCGCCUGAUUAUUGCGGCUACACUUGCAUCCAAUCGUUGAACGCCAAAUUAUUCGAACUUUUCCAAGGAAUCAUUAGCGAGCACAAGAAAACCAUAACCAGUGAAACGAGAGAUUUCGUAGAUGCUUAUUUGCACGAGAAGGAAUCGGCGAAUCCGGAUACUAGCACGUUUACAGAUGAACAAUUGGUGGCCAUUUGCUUGGAUUUCUUCAUCGCUGGUGCCCUGACAACGAGUUACACUUUGGAUUUUGCUGUACUGGCAACUGCGAGUAACCCGAGUGUUCAACAGAAACUUCACGAAGAACUUGACAAGGUUUUGAAACCCAAACAGAUACCAUCCAUAGAAGAUAAAGCAAGAUUACCGUACGUCGAAGCACUAUUAUUAGAAUCACAAAGAUUCCAACAUGUUGUACCUACAGCAGGACCUAGAAGAGUUUUAAAAGAUACCUCAUUAGAUGGAUACCUAAUUCCCAAGAAUACGAUCGUUUUGAUGAGCCUGAGAUCGAUUCAUUAUGAUGAAGCUAGAUGGAAUGAUCCUGAAGUAUUUAGACCCGAAAGAUUUCUGACUGAAGAUGGACAACUGAUUCCUGAUGAAGGAUUAUGCACUUUUGGCUUAGGUAAAAGACGCUGCCCCGGAGAAGUAUUGGCGAAGAGUUUCUUAUUUUUAGCAUUUGCUGCGUUAUUUAAUCGUUACAAAAUUACAUUCCCCGAUGGUAAAGGACCGAGUUCAUUACCAGGAGCUGGUAUUUUGCUGACACCUCAACCGUACACCGUUAACUUGGAAGCUCGUUGAAUAUGAUCGAUCAUUCAAAUAAUCUCAAGGUUGAAUCCUACUAGUCCUUUCGAUGCGUUACACACAAUCACUUUGGGCAUAUUUACAUAAUAUUGUGAAACUUGUUGCAUUUAAAUGUUCAUUUUAUCUAUGUAUGUACAUAAUAUAUUAAAUUAAUAAAUGUUUAAAUGAUACGAAA